UUUACUCUGUGUUGAAGCUACAAAAUCAUUCCUUUUUACUCUAUUCUAUUCCUAAGCACUCCCCCUUCCCCUUUGCUGCCAUAUUCUGCUACAAUCUCCGUGAUUCCUACAUUAAAAAAUGGUUUUUUUAAUUGGUUUUCUUCUCAUUGGCCCUCAUUAGCUCGCAGACUGAGGACUAGGGUUAUCGGUGGUCGUCUCUGCAAAUGCUUGAUGGUGUAAGAGAGGGGUUGCCGGUUGUGUUGUGGUUGUGUUUGGUGGAUGCUUGACGCCUCGGCGGUGGAGGCGGGAGGGAUACCAUAAAGGUCAGAUCUUUGGGGCAAUUUGAUUCCGUCAGCCUCGGAAUUUCUUGGAUCUUGCGAUCGUGUGUUCGAAAGGCCGCUGCUAAUGACGGAAGUGGUCGAUUUGGUUGCAAGAACUUGUUGAUUAUAUUUAAUUUGAUUACAAAGGUUGGAUCUUUAGCCGGAAAAGGCAGUUAUUACCUGAUCGCAAUGACCCCGGAGGACUGUAUGUGUUUGGUGAAGGAGAGGCAGCUGGAGAAGGAAGUGGAUGAGAAUGGAGGGCUCGGGCCUGCGCAUGAUGGCGAUGAAGGUGAAAGGGUGGAUGGAAGCAAUCACCUGUUCUCGAGAGAAGUUCCCAUUUUGACGGAGGAAUCUCGAAUCUCCAAAGAUUACAAUUGUCAGGAUAAGAAGGUUGGAGCAAGGGAGGAAUUGGUUCUUCGAAAGGACAUGUGCAAGCAGGGGACGAAGGUCAGUAGGCGUGAUCGGGUCGAACUGGGUUGCCGGUUUCAGCGGGCAGUGAGCUCUUGCGAUUGGGAACUUGCAUGGAACCUGCUUGUGCUGGCCAAGGCACAAGCUCUGAAUGAUGUGCUCUGCGUAGCGUUGGACUCUGUAUGGUUCUUGACAACGCACGAAGAACUGGAUGGCAUUACUGGGUUGAUCAAGAAGAUUAUUGGCGACGGUGCGAAUGAUUUCACCAGGGCAAUCCUUAGGACGUCGUUCCUGGCUUCGUGUGUUUCUGCCUGUCAAAGCAAAAUGAUGAAUUUGACGGAUGCAGUGGGUGUCACGACCCAAAGGUUGCAUGAGCGUCUGCAAGAAUGUCAGGGAGACGAGGUUCUGAAGGUUGCAGCAAGUACCAAAGUUCAGAAAUUUACAGAAUGGGCUCUGAAAUGCAUCAGAUUUCAUUCUCAUUAUCAGGAGAACAGGGGACGAAGAAGAAGAAACCAGAGUACGAUCGUCGAGGUCCAACUUCAGUUGUCAGCUUUCAAGACAUUCUUGGAACUUGCUGGUGAUCAUCUUACAGGAAAAGAUUUUACCGAGGCUUUUGAUGCAGCAUGUUUCCCUGUUGCUCUCUUCUCGAGCUCAUUUGACCCUGGUUGGGCAUCAGGAAUCUCAGCAAUUGCAGUCCAAGGGUUAUUGGGGAUGCUGGUAGAGGGUGGUGCAGACAAUGUAAACCAAUGCUUUCUGGAAGCUUCAAGAUUUGGGAGUACCGAACUCGUGCGGAUCUUGCUUCAGAUUGCUCAGAGGAAUAGCUUGGACAUUGAUGUUGAUCUUGCACUUGUCUUUGCCUCUCACUACUGCAAAAUCAGAACUAUGGAGUGCUUGGUCGAAGAGGGAAAUGCAGCCAACUUACUGGGUCCUCUGGUGCGAGCAUCUGAGAGAGGGUGCAUGCAGGUUGUCCAAUGGUUUGUUAACCAGGGAUGUGGAGACAUGGAUCUCUGCCUGGCCUUAAUUGCUGCCACCUCUAGCAGCCAGUUAGGUGUUUCUGCUUAUCUUCUCUCACAAAUUCCACAUCAUGUCCUUGCUGCUGUUAGCAUCGAGAUUCUAAAGACGGUAAGCGAGAGAAGUCGAGGAUCUCUCGAUGGUGUUGCCUUUCUUCUCUGCAAUGACUUCCUUGGUGACCCUACUGCAACAUAUGCUGUGGCUGACAGCAUUGCAAGCUCCAAUGAUGAGGUUGUGGCACCCGAGUUGAGGGCUUUUUUGAAGGAGCACUGGUCUGAGGAUGCAUUUGCUGAAGGAUUGAGCUCUGGUCAGGACCACUAUGUAAAUUUCAUGAGGAUUCUGCAAAGAGGCGGCUCACCCAUCUGCCUAAUGGACCUGCCACCACCGCUGGUGACUGCCAUUGUAUACAAGCCUCUGUAUAGGGAGUGCACGGAAGCAGGUGGGAAAUUGCUACCUCAAAAACUAAGAGGGAAGCUUGUGGAAGCAGCCAGUAGGCUUGGUGGCAGGCAGGUGGAUAAUGAUAGCCCAGCAAAAGAGCUUUUGGCAAUUCUGGAGCAUCACCUGCCCCGCCAUUUUCUGCCACUAUGACAACUGCUCACUUGUACACACUCGUAAGGAACAGCAGAUGAACUUUGCUUUAGCCCUUUGAUCCACGGAUUCCCUAUGCCUUUUUUCCUGUGUCUUCGUGUUCAGAGUGCCGGAAUAGUUACAGUGGGUGUCACAGACAUCCUAUGGUAAGUUCAACACAGUAUAUCUUGAUCAUCAUCAUGCGGGUAUAACAUCAUGAGAAUAUCAUUUUGUUCGGCAGCGUCAUGUCCGUAUCUGACACACAUGGUGAGUUCACAGCUUCCACCCUUGAUGACUUGAGAAAGUGCAGUUUCUUUAAAAUUUGCCAUCAGGCGUAGCCGAAUAAGCUGUUCAUAAUAACAAUUUAGAGGUUUUGUGUGUUUUUUUCUUGCUGCCUUGCUUUACUUUAAAUAAUUGCAAUUAGUUUUGACCAUCUUGUUUGCUUUGCAGGAUUCUCUUCUGUUGGUAGAUGUGAUGUCAUGCACUUGUAGCGGGUCACAAAGUAGCCUAAUUCCCUCCUCAUUGAAUCACUACCACAUCUUUCACUUUGUGCAUAUCUUAUCCUCUCAAUUUUUAUGCCCGAGUGAUGGGUACUUUCUUUCUGAUUUACUUAUGACAAGCAUCAUUACAUCUAGAAGCUUGCAUCGAAAUGAUCCCGCAAAAACUUCUUUCCUGUGUGCUAUAUCAGGCAAUGCUGCUCCAUGCUAAAUGGAUCAUUUAGAGAUCACCUUGUGCAUCACCAGCUUCACUCGAUAGGAUGCAGUCACCGACCGUAGCAAGCAUACUGAUACCAUAUGAGAUCAGCAUAUCAAAUAGUCGAUACCUUCAGAACAUUUUCAAGGCUUUUGAUGCCAUAUAUUGGCUCUUUUUUAUUGAUUUCAUCUUUUACUUAGCAUAAGGUUUGAUAGCUGAAAAAAUGGUAAUUGUUACUGGAUGUUAUAGAAGACUUACUGGCCUGAUUUCAAUAAUCUAAACCAGUUCUGAUUUAUUUC